UUCAUUUCUGUUCGUGAGUUUGCUGCGAGUGGUCAUAGAAAACUAUACCGUGAUUCAUCCACCAUGUCGAAGCCAGCUUUGUAUUACGCCACCCUCACCCCAUCCCGUGCCGUUCUGCUCACGGCCAAGGCGAUCGGGCUCGACCUUGAACUGAGGCCAAUUAACCUGCUGAAGGGUGAGCAUCUGACGCCGGAAUUCCUCAAGCUGAACCCCCAGCACACGAUCCCGACGCUGAUCGAUGGCGAGGCCACGAUCAUUGAUUCGCACGCCAUCUGCUCCUAUCUGGUGGAGAAGUAUGGCAAGGAGCAGCAGCAGCUCUACCCCAAGGAUUUGGUGCAGCGCGCCAAUGUGGAUGCCCGUCUUCAUCUGGACUCCGGCCACCUGUUCGCCCGCCUGCGCUUCCUGUACGAGCCGAUUCUAUACAAUGGAUCCACCGAUUGCUCGAUUGACAAGAUUGCCUACGUCCAAAAGUGCUGGGAAAUCCUGGAGGGUUUCCUCAAGGACCAGCCGUACCUGUGCGGCAGCGAGCUGACUAUCGCAGACUUCUGCGCCGUGGCUACCGUAACAUCGGUAAACGAAGUAGCUAUCAUUGACGAGUUCAAGUUCCCCAAGCUGAAUGCCUGGCUGAAGCGUCUCGCCGAACUGCCGUACUACCAGGAGGUGAACGGUGAGGGCGCCGACGAGCUGAAGGCCAUCUUCAAGGCCAAGCUGGCGGAAAAUCGCGGCAAGUGAGCAGAGCAGCAGUAUCUCUUAACCUUAUCCACACACACGCACACUAUAUAUUAUCCACAAAUAAAGAGCUCUAGUUUCAAAGUACGA